UCCUUAUUUUACCUACUUAUAAAGUUAAAAAAUUAUAUUCAAUAUUAUAUUCAAACUUAAUACCCGCAAAAAAUGGCUAAUGCUAUGGAGAUAAUGAAACCGGCUUCUCAGUUUGUUGCUGGUGAGACUGAGCGCAUCUGUAGACUAUGUUUCACUUCAACACAAAACGAUGGAACUGAUUUAAAAGAUAGCGCUAAGAUAGACAAGUAUUAUUGUAACGAAGAACUAACUUUUGAGGACAUGUUUCUAGAACUAGAUGUACCUAUAGAAACAGAUCUACCGCAAACCCUAUGCGUUAACUGUGUUUCAAUGACAAUAAAUUCAUAUUUAUUUAAAAGGUUAAUAAAAUACUCAGAAAGCAUGUGGAAUAAUUUCCUGAAUAAGCUUGAUUUCAGCUUGAAUCUGUCUGAGACAACUAGAGCAAAUGCACAAACAAUAUACAUCAUUAUGGGAAAAAACAAUACCAUACUUAAAAGCAGAAAGAAGCAAGUGACAAAUAAGAAAGAAGCAUUGACUACAAUUAAAGACAAUAUCAAAAGCAGACAGAAAUAUGUCAAGGUCAAAAACAAAAAUGUCACUUGUGAUGAAUGCGGGGAGAGAUUCAAAGCAAAAUGGAUGUUAAAGCGACACAUGAAGAACCGUUGUAGCACAAAGUGUUCAUGUCCUCAAUGUCCCAAAGAUUUUUCUACAUAUUCCUUAUUAAAAGGACACAUUGAAAGAAUGCAUCAUCCAAAACGAAUUAAAUGCAAAAAAUGCCCAAAAAUGUUCAGCACUGAGAAAUUACUACAUAGACAUGACAAAAUGUACCAUUUAGCAGCCAUAUGCAAACUGUGUUUUGUGCAAUUCCCCUCUGGCAAAGAUUUAAAAGUCCACUUAGACAAGCAUGAAGUGUACAAAUGUCCUCGUUGUGAUAAAUCACUAUUGAAUAAAAACACUUUGAAGUUUCAUCUAAAAAUAUGUGGUAAUGAUGACUCAAAGAAAUUAAGCUUUUUUUGUGACAUAUGCAAAAAAGGCUAUGCACGUAAAAAUGGUUUGCGAACACAUUUGAAGACAGAACAUGGGUUUGGUAACUCAUUAUCAUGCAAAUGGUGCAGUAAAAAGUUUGAUGCUGUCAGUAGACUUAGGAAUCACACUGUUAAACACACCAAAGAAAGAAAUUAUCACUGCGAGCAUUGUGGGAACAGAUUUGUGACACAAGCAGCUUUGGUUUAUCAUACCAGACUUCAUACUGGUGAGAAACCAUUUCCAUGUGACAUGUGCGAAGAAAGCUUUCUUUCAGCCUCUAGAAGAAUGGAACAUAAGAGAAGAAAACAUUUAGGCCCUUCAAAAGAAUGUCCCGUUUGCCACACAAAAUUCAUAACUACAUACUGUUUGAAAAAGCACCUGGAAAGACAUUAUAAUCCACAAAGUAAACUUUAUAUACUAGAGCCUGAUAUAAAUAUUGAUCAUCUUAGUGUGAAUGAUGUAAAACAAUCUAUGUAUUUAUUACAAACCUUUAUAUGA